GUAAAUUCUGGUUUGUAUUGGUCUUCACAGAUGUCCUUUUGAAUUCAAAGUCAUACGCAUAGGCCGCUUUUCCUGUACAAAAUAGGAUUUCACAUUUGCACUGUGUAUGUUAUUGCCCUUGGACAUAGAUUAACCUAGAGUGUGCACAUUUGGAAAUAAAUGUCCUCCUGAGCCAGUCCUGAUUGUUUUGUUGGUUAUGUGAAACAUGGAAACCAGACAACUGAAGCGAAACAUUGAAGCCCUGCUUGGUCAUUAUAUUGGACAAAAGCUCAGGGAAAAUGGCUUUGACCCCAAGGGGAAAGGCUCUUCCUCAAUGCUGGAUGAUCUGGCUCAUUAUGAUUUAGCCAUAAGUGUGGCUUUAUGGUGGCUGAAUGAGAAAAAGGGUCGAGAUGCAAAUGAACUUAUAGGAGCCAUCAGUCCCAGCCACAGUUACUGUCCUAAUCGACUGGAAAGAGAGGCAAUAAUCCUCUCAUCCUUUGCAGGGAUGCUUUUGAAUAGCCUGCCUGUAAAUGAGAUCCUGUCGCUGUAUAGCUGCAAGCCAGCUGCCUCCUGCCCUCAUCCAUACACUAAAAGCAACAUCGUUCAUCCUUUCUCCUUGUCCUCUCACCCAUUUGCCAUGCUCAGUUCUUUUAAGGCAGUAGACCGUUCAAGAAAACACACUCUGAUGCUGAAAAGGUGGAAUACUCUGCGUAAUAAAGGAGCAUCAGCAGAGUUGGAAGAGCUGAAGGCAUCCUCCCCAACCCCCUCUUCUCUAUCGUCUUUCAGUGACAGUGAGGAUUCCUUGAAAGAGCAAACAAAGCACUAUGAAGGCUCUGAGGAAUCGCAGCAGGAUUGAAGACUCCUCAUCCAGUAGCUAGUCUUUAAAACAUUCUGGUAAUGCUGUAUAUCUUUUAGAUUUUAUUUUUACCUUUAAAAAAACAACUCAGUUGUAGUUUGACCUUGUAGAAGUCUUGGGUCAUGUUUAGUAAUUUAAGUAAAAGCCAAUGCCUAAUACACUAGUGCAUGAAGUGAUAUGCUAUUAAUAUAACUUAUUCACAUAAAGUGAAAUUUAUCUACUAUUUCUCAUUAUGCGAUAAUUCUAUCAACAUAUAUACAAUUAUUAAGCCUAUUUCUAGACAUUAUAUUUCUAAUUUCAAGCUUAAAAUUGUUUUGUUCCACUGGCAAAUAAUUUUGCUUCUUUCUAAAAAUAAAUGCUUUAAAUAAAUAAAAUUAUCUGUAGAAUUUCAGCAAAAAAAGUAUAAAUCCAUGAGAAAUCAGCAUGCUAUGGUUUCACCUGACCAGGCUUUCCAGUAGCUUGCUACGCAAUAGCUUUUGCUGGAAACUCUAAUGCUGCUGUGUGGCUAUUGUGGUUAACAGAAUCAUGAUUGUGAUAUACUUGAAAAGUUCUGCUGAGAGAGUUAUUUUCUGUAAAUGGGGUAUUUCUGGUCUGGAAAAACAUGCACUACACCAGAGUUGACACCAACAGUCAGCUCAAAAAUAUGGUAGGGAAAGUGUGACUUCUCAUGUUUAUUUUUAUUUAUGGGGUCUGAUAUUAUUUUAUAAAUAUAUCUGUUUUUUUGUUUGUUUUUUGUUUGUUUUUUUGUGUGAUUGUGUUGUGCUGUAUUGUUACAUUAACCAGCAACUAUUUCAAACAACUUUGUUAACGAUGCUAUAAAUUCAUUUUCUACUCCUUUAUAGAUGCACUGGGUUUUUUUUCCUUAUAGAUUGAGCUGAACAUUUAUUUGUUCAUUAUCAAAUAGGUCCUACAGUUUGACAGAUGCUCACUGGCAUCACUGGCUCAUGUAUGAGUAGCCCAACUCUAGAAUCACACAUUACUGCUAAAGGCCUAUGAGUAAAAGAGAUACUGGGAUGCAGUGAGUCCAGAGAUGGACUCCAUCCUUUGUCUUACACACAAAUUUCUUUGUCUUACACUGAAUAAAAUGCUGUCAGUCAUUUAGGGUUGUUCUCUUGCUCUUUUGAAGUGGUUUAUUUUCCAGUAACAGCGCUUCCCAAAGUGUUUUAUUUCUCUUACACCACAGCAAUUUGCUUAUGACUACAAUUUUUUAAUUUAGUAAUGAAUUACGCAUCAUAUAUUUUAACCAUUUAUUAUUUAGUUACAUUUAAUGCUGGGGAACUUUCACGAAACAAGUUAGUUCUUGUUAUCACUUACAUUAUAACAGCUAUAAACAGUCAUUCUCUCACCAGCCUAUCUUUUUUUCUCUCUUGUUACAGAGAAACCGGAAAGCACAGAAUAUUUUACAAAGCAUUUGCUUU